GUCUGUGAUGUCAGUGAUUAGUGGCACUGUAUAGCUAUAUAAGACGGCCACGUAAGUGCCUUGUGGUUCUUUUCCGUUGUAUUGCAAGUGGCAAUAAACAUGUGUUCUUGCAAGUAGGCUGCUGCGUACUUGAAGACAACAGUGGCGACGAGGAUGGGAUUCUCAUAACGGAUGCUAACCAGGCCACCGCUGAAGCGCUGGUUGCGGCUCCAGCAGUUUUGGAACAGCAGGCGUCUAGGCGGACUACCACAGCAUGGCUUCCUUCGGCCACUUCGAGCCAUUCACGGAGGAGGGAGACGAAGACUUUGAAUCUUAUGUGGAACGCUUUGAACACUACAUCCAUGCCACCCAGGUCAGCGACGACUUGAAGGUAUCCGCUUUUGUGACGGCCAUUGGAAAACAGACCUACCGCACGUUGAAGAAUUUGUUGGCCCCAGUGAAGCCCGAAGCCAAAACAUACGAUGAACUGGUCAGGGCUCUCAAAGGGCACUAUUCACCGAAGCCCUUGGUGAUAGUGGAAAGGUUCCGGUUCAACCGUAGGUCGCAGCAAGAAAACGAACCAGUUGCUACGUUUGCAUUAGAACUGAAAAGGUUGGCUGCAUCCUGUGAGUUCGGGCUAUUUCUGGAUGACACUUUGCGGGAUCGGUUCGUGGCCGGGCUGAGAAACGAAACAGCACAAGCUGAGCUCAAGAAGAAUGCCCUGACGAUCCAAGCUGCUUAUGACCUUGCCAAAAGCGGGGAACUCGCUCGCACCGAAACAAGGAAGAUUCAUCCUGAAGUCUUCAGCGAGGUGAACUUGGUCCAGCAACCCCAACAAAGAAAACCCGAGGCCACUGCAUGGACAAGAUGGGCAGCGAGCAAGCACACGGAGCGGCAAGCCGAAUCAACUGACUGUUUUCGUUGCGGAUAUACCGCCGCAACCUGCCCCUUUCGCAAAUAUCGAUGCCGGGCCUGCAAAAAGGUGGGACACCUGGCAAGGGUCUGCAGAACGACGCCACGUUCGGUACACACCCUUGAAGAGAGCACUGGUUUAGAAGACUCCUGUGACUCGGACAGUAAAGUGGUGAGGACGAUAUUUUGCUGAGCCAUAUUUUUUCAUGUAACAGUAAUGACGGUAGCUACAUUGUGAAAGUUAGGGUGGCAGGUAGGAAUGUCAAAAUGCAAGUUGACACAGGAGCAUCUGUGUCUAUCGUACCAGAAAAGUUGUACCGGCAAUAUUGGUCUGACUUACCUCUAGAAAGUUGUAGUUUACGACUAAAAACUUGCGGAGGUGUCCUGCUGGCAAUUACAGGCAAGUUGACGGUGCGCAUAGAGCACAAUGGCCAAACAGCGACCUUGCCUUUAAUUGUAGUCCAAACACCAGAUACGUGUGACACUUUGUUGUUGGGACGUAAUUGGCUAGAGGCUUUGAAGCUGGAUUGGACGAGCGUGUGUAAUAUCGGUCUUGAUAAAUCAGCCGCUGUCAUCGAAAAAUUUUCGGAAGUGUGAGCCGGCACUAGGACUGAUAGCUGACACAUCGGUGAACUUAGUGCUAAAAGACAGCAGUACACCUGUUUUCUGUAAGCAUCGACCUGUGCCAUUUGCACUCAGGGACGCCGUAGCACAAGAAUUGCAUUCACUAGUGGAAUCGGGAGUACUGGUGCCUGUACAGCAAAGCGAUUGGGCUAUGCCCCUAGUAGUCGUACCCAAGGCUAACAACAAAGUUCGCAUAUGCGGAGACUACAAAGUGACUGUAAACCGUUGUCUGAGAACUGAUUAUUACCCUUUGCCAACGUUGGAAGAUGUUUUUGUCACGCUGCACGGAUGCAAAUGUUUUACUGUUCUUGACCUUUCUACAGCGUACCAACAGUUGCAACUGCACCCUGAUUCGCAACCUUUAGUCACUGUGAACACCCACCUAGGCCUUUUUCGAUACACUCGUAUGCCGUACGGAAUAACAAGUGCUCGUCUAUUUUCCAAGCAGUGAUGGAUGAUAUGUUAAAGGGUUUAGACAGAGUUUCAUGUUAUCUUGAUGAUGUGUUAAUAGCAGGAGAAACAAUGGAAGAAUGCUAUACCAAGGUCGAAGCUGUGCUGACACGGUUCAAGGAACGGGGUGUGAAAUUGCGGAAGGAGAAAUGCAAGUUUUUUGCGAAGGCGGUGACCUAUUUGGGUCACGUGAUUGACGACAGAGGAAUCCGUCCUUCAGAAGACAAGGUGCACGCUAUCAAGGAAGCACCAACACCAAAAAACAAGAACGAGCUAUGCGCCUACUUAGGCUUGUUAAAUUUCUAUGGUAAAUUCGUGCCGAACACGUCAGCACAGCUUAAACCAUUGUAUGACUUGCUAGCUGAGAAUGUUAAGUGGAAAUGGACGGCUUCCGCAGAAAAAACCUUCAAAGAAUCCAAGGGCUGGCUGCUGAGUGCAUCCGUACUCACCUACUAUGACCCUUCCAAGGAGCUAGGGUUGGUUUGCGACGCGUCUUCGUAUGGUUUAGGCGCAGUCCUUUUUCACAAGGAAGGAUCUGAAGAAAGACCAAUCGCUUCUGCGUCUAAGACUGACUAAAACGGAGCAGGCGUACGCCCAUAUCGAAAAAGAAGCCCUGGCUGUCGUGUACGGGCUAAAGAAGUUUCACAAGUACCUUUUCGGGCGGAAAUUUGGGAUCUACUCCGACCAUCAACCCUUAGUGGGGCUAUUAGGACACGGUAAGCCAAUUCCUGCUAUGUCGGCGGCACGCGUGCAGCGUUGGGCCUUACAGAUUGCUGCUUAUGACUACAGAUGGGUUUAUCACAAAUCGCGGGAUAUCGGAAACGCUGACGCACUUUCACGCUUGCCACUUCCAAACACAGCUGGCGGGUGCACAGAUGA